AUGGCUCCGAUCAGCCUCAUCUCCCGGACCGAGUCAGAGACGCUCCGCCUGCUCAUCAAGAGAAGCAACUGGGCCUCCAAAAACCCCGGUGUCAUACUGGUCUUUUGCAUUGUGUUCCUCGUCGCACUUGGAAUCAUCGCGCUCUUUGCCUAUCGCCGAUAUUUGAAGCGGAAGGCCAACAAAGAGUCAUAUGAGACAACCGAGUAG